AUGAGGGGACCCGCCAGCCCGUCAGGGAAGAUUUCCUUCCUCAAAACCCUCGUCGUCGUCGCGCUCGCCCAGUCUGCUGUCGCGGCCGUCGUUGACCCAGCUGUCCUGGAUGCGUGCCCAGGAUAUAGUGCUACGAAUGUAACGACCAGCCGCAAUGGUUUGACAGCACAACUCGUCCUGCGUGGGCCUGCGUGCAAUGUCUUUGGGAAUGACACGGAGAGGCUGUCUCUCAGUGUUGUUUAUGAAACAAGGAACAGAAUCCACCUCAAAAUCACGGACGCCUCGCAAGCUCGCUACGAAGUCCCUGAAUCCGUCUUUCCUCGCCCUCAAGCUCAAUCAGUGCCUUCGAGGUCGUCCAACAUCCAAUUCAACUACACCGCAUCUCCUUUCUCCUUCUCAAUCUACCGUACAUCUACCCGCGAAGUCCUGUUCUCCACGUCUUCGCAUCCGAUCAUUUUCGAGCCCCAGUACCUACGUGUCAAGACCCGGCUUCCAGCCAACGCGAACGUCUACGGGCUCGGCGAGCACACGAACCCAUUCCACCUGCCGACGGACAACACGACCUUGACGCUGUGGUCGCGAGACGCGUACGGGAUCCCCACCAGCACGAAUUUGUACGGCAAUCACCCUGUCUACUUCGAACAUCGCACCACCGGCACUCAUGGCGUGCUCUUACUCAACUCGAACGGCAUGGACGUGAAGCUUAGCAGUGGUGAACCGGGCGGGCCAGCUUUGGAGUACAACGUUAUCGGAGGCGUUCUCGACUUCUACUUCUUCGCUGGGAGCGAGAACGACCCGACCCAGGUGGCGAGACAGUACGCUGAAGUAGCCGGUCUGCCGGCGGAGGUUCCUUACUGGGGCUUUGGCUUUCACCAGUGCCGAUUCGGGUACAAAGAUUUCGUCGACGUAGCAAGCGUCGUUUCCAGAUACGCGGCCGCUGGUAUUCCACUGGAGACGAUGUGGACGGAUAUCGAUUACAUGGAUCGACGGAGGAUCUUCACCCUCGAUCCCGACUACUUCCCACUUCCGAGGAUGCGCGAAAUCGUUCAAUACCUGCACAAUCAUGACCAGAAAUACAUCGUCAUGACUGACCCGGCGGUGCCGUACCUGCCCGACGAAGGCUACACGCCCUACGACCACGGCAAAGAGCUGGAUAUUUGGUUGAAGGCUGCGAACGGUAGCGAAAGUUUAGGAGUGGUCUGGCCUGGUGUUACUGUCUUUCCUGAUUGGUUCCACCCUAAUAUCCAACAAUACUGGACCGACGAGUUUCUCUCGUUCUACAGCCCAGAGACAGGAAUCGACAUCGACGGUGUUUGGAUAGACAUGAAUGAGCCAGCCAACUUCUGCAACCUGCCCUGCGACAAUCCGUUCGAACAAGCCAUCGAGCAGAACAUGCCGCCUCCUCGUACUACGCUCCCGCCGGACCCGAAUGCGCCGAUUUUCGUCAACGCGACCUCCUCGAGCUCGAGUGAGCUGAAGAAACGAGAGGAUCUGUUGAACCCUCCGUACGCGAUCAACAACGCCGCUGGGCCGAUCUCGAGCAAGACAGCCUUCACGGAUAUCAUCCACGCGAACGGCCUCUCCGAAUACAACACGCACAACCUCUACGGCACCAUGAUGUCCGUCGCCACCCGGGACGCGAUGCUCGCGCGCCGGCCAGGCAAACGCACGCUUGUCAUCACCCGCUCGACGUUCGCUGGGGCCGGGGCCCACGUCGGCAAGUGGUUAGGCGAUAAUUUGAGCCUGUGGGAUCAUUAUCGAUUCUCGAUUGCGGGUAUGCUGGCGUUUGCGAGUAUCUAUCAGGUUCCGAUGGUUGGCAGUGAUAUUUGUGGUUUUGGUGGAGACACGACAGAAAAUAUUUGUGCACGAUGGGCCUCACUCGGCGCUUUCUAUCCGUUCAUGCGUAACCACAACCAAGAUAAUGCCAUCAGCCAGGAGUUCUACCUCUGGCCAUCGGUCGAACAGGCAGCCAAGAACGCGAUAGACAUUCGCUACCGUCUCCUGGACUAUAUCUACACCGCCUUCCACCAGGCCCACAUCGACGGCACGCCGAUCCUCCAUCCCGUGUGGUUCAAAUACCCAAAAGACGCCAACACGUUCGCGAUCGAGCACCAGUUCUUCUACGGCGACUCCAUCCUCGUCUCGCCUGUCACCGACGAGGGUGCGACCUCUGUGUCUAUCUACCUCCCGCGCGAUAUCUUCUACGAUUUCACCACGCUCGCGCCAAUCCAAGGCACUGGUUCCUCCGUCACACUCACCGAUGUGGACUUUACAAAGAUCCCUGUGCACAUCAAGGGGGGUGCUGUGCUGCCUCUGCGCGUGAGCUCGGCGAUGACGACUAAGCUCCUCCGGCAAACGGACUUCGAAUUCGUCAUUGCCCCCGAUGCACGGGGCACAGCGUCUGGAAGCCUGUACAUCGAUGACGGCGAGAAUCUCGUGCAGCGCGGGACGACGGAGGUGGGGAUGACGUUCCGUGGUGGACGGUUGACGGUGUCUGUGCGGUUUGGAUAUGCAACUGGCGUCAAGGUUGCGAGGGUUAGGUUCUUAGGCGUUGCCAGGAGCCCAAGGAGGGUGCUUGUGGAUGGGAGGGCUGUGGAACGUUCAGCGGUGGUGUAUGAUCAGGGCACGAAGGUGCUGGAUGUUACGAUUGGGGUGCCGUUCAAGAAAGGAUUCAGUGUAGAGCUGCAGAAUUGA